GAGUCAGAGGGUGGAAGAGAGUGGAUUGUCUGGCUGCUUCUCUUGCUGAACUUGAAAAAACACAUCUAGAAAUUGUUUUGCUUUCCUUUUUUUUUUUUUUUUUUUCCCUUGGUGAAUUUCUUUAUAGCAAGUCAUUAGAUGACCAACUCCCCUAAUCACUUUGGAGCUGCGUUCCCUGUCAGGAUUGUCAUCACUCAGGAUUUGCAAGUCAGCUUCAAUCAUUUGGAAAGCUUCAGAAAGACAUUUUGGCAGUCAAAUUUCGAUGGGUUGGUGGUUCUUCUACUUCUUGGCCCUCUUCUUCCAUUGCUCGUCACCUUUAGUUGCAUCAGAUCUUCAUUGGUUAGCUCUUCUCUGUGUGAUUACAGAAGUUAUGUAAUGUUGGCUUCUUCCACUUAAUCAAAACCUGCUUGCUUGGCCAAGCCGAGGAUAUCUUUCUUCAUCGUGGGGACAACAUCUUUAAAUACUUUUAAGUCAUUGACACAUUCAGACUACAGCUUCCCCCACACACCAUUCAUGCAUGCCUGAGUAACUUCAGCCCGGGACUCACCAGUGUUGUUGAUGCACUUCAGGAUGUUGUAGUCAUGCCAAAAUUGCUGAAUCAUAGGUUUGCCUUCCCCAUUGGUGCCUCUGAGCUGGUCGAAAGUAUGGCAUAAAUAAUGUGCCUUCAAUGCAGCGAUGGCUCCUUGGUCCAUGGGUUGGAUGAGUGAUGAGGUAUUAGGUGGCAGAAAGACAAUUUUGACAUUUUUGCACAGGUCGUCCAGGUUGAUUGGAUGAGCCGGCGCAUUAUCAAUAAGCAAUAAAAUCUUGAAAUCAAGAUUUUUCCUUGGCACAGUAUUCCUUCCAUGCAGGGACAGCAUACAGAGUCAGCCAUUCUGAAAAAAAAAAAAAAAGCUGUAGUGAUCCAUGCCUUCUUAUUGGAUCUCCAAAUGACUGAAGUUGUUCCUUUUGAAAAUCCCUUGACAGUGUGUGGUGUUUCAGAUUCGUACACUGUCAAUGGUUUCAUCUUCUUGCUUUUAGGUGGUAAUGCUGCCGGAGACAUGGCUAGACCGUCUUUAGCUGCUUUAAAUCCGGGCUCUGUCUUCUCCUCUCGGGAAAUUGGUACUGCUACUGCUAGGCACUCCACUAUCACUUGCUGGACGCUUUUGACUCGUGAUCCUCCUCCAGAUGCGCAUGCAUGUGCUACUCUUCACUCCCUUCAGCCUGGAGUGGCCGGGGUCAUGCAGCAUCAAUCAACUAUUGCAAGGGAAAGAAUUUGGAAAACCCAUGUCAUUCUGCAUGGUAAUCUGCUCCCCUACUGGAACCCCUGUGGGUUUAGGCUAGGACUAGUUAUGGAGGUUCUUAAUUUCUUGCAGGUUCUUACUUUCACAGGAGCCCUGUUGGAGGACCAAAGGCCUCUCUUCCAGGGUGCCCUGGAAAAAUGGCCCCGCUGUAUCUCCCCUAGUAACCAUGCACUCAGCACCUGGGCAGCAUUGCAGCCAAUGUAGUAAGAGGAGGAAAAUAACAUUUGCUGCAGGGCUGUGCCCCUCUCUGCUGUGUGCAUGCAGGGGCAGAGAGAUGC